GGAAAAAGAGUAAUCAAGAUUUGAGAGAGAUAUUCAAGUUUCUUUUCAAUUUUUAAGUAUGUUAUUAUUUUCUUCACGGUAUGCAAUGAAACGGGAUGUUGUAAUCAUUGUGAUUAUCUUUAUCUUAGUUUUAAUCAUUUUUUCGCGUUCAAGCUCGAGCCAAGCUGCAGGAAGUUUCAUCACCACAAAAAGAAAGCAUAGUUUGAGCGUUGCUCGAGUUAAGAAUCAUCACGAGUUUGUGAUCACGGAGAUGUCAACGUUUAAUAAAUUCAGAGGAAGAUCAUCUAAAUUUAGGAGAAAGAUAGACGGUAACGAAGACGAAGAAGAGAAGCGAAUCAUCCCGGCAGGUCCAAACCCGUUGCACAACAGGUAGGUUAAUGAGAGAUGGAAAACAUACUUCGACUUCAUAAUUAGUUCAUUAUAUAUACAUAAUAUAUAGUUUUGAUUUUGAGAUUAAUAUUUUUUUUGACGAUAACACAUUUUCUGCUAUACUUGUGAGUUUCAUUCCUCUCGUUGGAUUGAUAUUGUACUUAGAAGCUUUUUAGGUUGGGCUGGAUGAUCUAAUGUAUGCGAGUCUCACACCUUUCGGCUAUACAUAAUGCGACUGUGAGGUAGCUAGCGUAUAUUGGUGAUUAAAACCCCAAAUGUUUAUUAUUGUAUGAAAUGUAAAUAUAGUUACUCAACCGAUAAGUAAAAAGUCCUUAAGAUCCCGA